UUCUUUUCUUUUCUUUUUUAUUUUAACUUCCUACAUUUGUCUUUCUCUCUCUCUCUUUCCUUCAUUGCUUCCCUUCUUCCUCUUCUUCCCCGCUAGCUUUUCUGUCCAGUUGGAUUCCAACGACAAUUCGGAAUGUCACGUCAUCCACAGCAGCUGGUGCAUCGCUCUUCUCUUCAAGACCCGGAGAAUUUCUGGUCUCAUCAUGCAGAACAGCUCUACUGGCAUCGAAAACCAUCGCAUGCGAUUAGCCGGCAUUCCAAGAUUCUCCCCAGCGGUACCAUCCAUGACCAUUGGUCCUGGUUCGCCGAUGGGGAGAUCUCCACGACCUACAACUGUGUUGACCGUCACGUAGAAAACGGCAAUGGUGACAAUAUUGCGAUUAUCUGGGACUCCCCGGUAACGGGUAACAAAGAGAAAUACACCUAUCGACAAUUGUUGGACGAGGUGGAGGUCUUAGCAGGGGUAUUGCGAGAAGAAGGAGUCCGCAAGGGUGAUGUAGUCAUUAUUUAUAUGCCCAUGAUUCCGGCCGCACUCAUCGCAGCACUGGCGAUUGUCCGAUUAGGAGCAAUCCAUGCGGCCGUAUUUGGCGGGUUUGCGGCCAAGUCUCUCGCACAACGGAUCGAAGCCGCUAGGCCACGAAUCAUCAUGACCGCUUCAUGUGGUAUCGAAGGGUCCAAGGGCCCUGUGGCUUAUCGGCCGUUAGUGGAGGGGGCUAUCGGAGCAAGUCGCUUUAAGCCUGAGAAGGUCAUGGUUUGGCAAAGGGAUCAGCUGCGGUGGGAUCGACCGGAUAAGCUGGGUGGACAGCGGAACUGGCAGCGGUUGGUCAAAAGCGCCCGCAUGCGGGGUGUCAGAGCCGGACCGGUACCCGUAAAUGGCACGAAUGGGUUGUAUAUAAUAUAUACUAGUGGUACCACCGGAUUGCCAAAGGGGGUGGUUCGAGAAGCUGGUGGACAUGCGGUCGGAUUGCACUUGUCCAUCAGGUAUCUAUUUGGAAUCCAAGGCCCAGGUGAUGUUAUGUUCUGCGCAUCUGAUAUUGGCUGGGUAGUCGGCCACUCGUAUAUACUAUACGCGCCCCUGAUAGUUGGUGCAACAACAGUGCUCUUCGAAGGAAAGCCUGUUGGAACACCAGAUGCGGGCACAUUCUGGAGGGCUAUCGAGGAACACAAGGCCAACGUCCUGUUCACAGCACCCACAGCUAUUCGUGCCAUCCGAAAGGAUGAUCCUGAUAAUAAGUUCUUUGAGGAGGUAGCCUGUCGCGGUGGACUGAGACACUUCCGAGCCCUUUUCCUCGCUGGAGAGCGGAGCGAACCCAGUAUUGUCCGGAUAUAUCAGGACCUUCUAUCCCGUUAUGCCGCUCCUGGAGCCAUGGUCGUGGAUAAUUGGUGGUCAUCCGAAUCAGGUUCGCCUAUCUCUGGGCUGGCGUUAAAUAGUACAGCUGGAAUGGUAUCGUAUGGAGGUCCGGAAUCAAAGCCGCUGGCUAUCCGACCUGGCUCAGCCGGAUUGCCAAUGCCGGGAUUUGACGUCCGAAUUGUUGAUGAUGAAGGUCACGAGGUUCCCUAUGGGACGAUGGGCAACAUCGUUCUAGCCCUGCCACUGGCUCCCACGGCCUUCACUCGGCUGUUCAAUGAUGACGAGAGAUUCUACAAGGGAUAUCUCAGGCGUUUUUCUGGUCGAUGGGUGGACACAGGCGAUGCAGGUAUGAUCGACCGGGAUGGGUACAUUCAUGUAAUGGCGCGAACGGACGAUAUCAUCAACGUGGCUGCACAUAGGUUUAGUACAGGUGCAAUCGAACAGGCGAUCCUAUCACAUCCAGAGGUCGGCGAAGCCAGCGUUGUUGGCAUGCCGGACGCACUGAAGGGCCAUCUCCCAUUUGCCUUUAUACAGCCACGGACGGCAUCUGUUGCCCUGCCAGCGACACCUACCCCAGAGCUAUUCAACGCGAUCAACCAAUUGGUUCGUGAGCAGAUUGGAGCAAUUGCGUCGCUCGGAGGUAUAAUUCAGGGACGCGGCAUGAUCCCGAAAACGCGCAGCGGCAAGACGUUACGACGAGUACUGCGGGAGCUUGUUGAACAUGGGGUGCGCGGAGAAUACGAGGCACCGGUGAGCAUACCACCGACCGUGGAAGACGCAGAGGUAGUGGAAGUCGCGCGAGGGAAAGUGCGAGAAUACUUUGAACAGAAGCAGCAAAGACAAGCCAAACUGUAAAAUAGGUUGCGCAGGUCCCGGGCACAGCCUCGAACUACCCUAUAUGUGAAGAAAGUAAAUUGAAAGAAAUCCUACGUUGCAGCUUGGUAGAGCUUUCAAAACCAGCGUUUUACCUUAUGUUAUUAUAAAGGUUGUAUGGUAUACACAGGAGAUCUGAGUCAUCC